AUGGGAGUGAAACUGAUAAUUGUGCUCGGCCUACUGAUCGGGGUGUUGUACUGUAUUCACAUACUUGUGAAGGAUUACCAAGCUAUUUCAGCGGCGAAGGUGUUUCGAUUACUUUUCAAACGCGACUUAAGCUCCCCAAAUCCUUAUAAGGCGCACGUGCGAUGGGGCGCUAUUCUGCAAUACGAUAGGAUACAGUGCACUCGGUACAUCUUUUGCGACUUGGGACUGCGAGAUAUAAAAACUCCGUUGAGAGCGGGCUUCGCAGACAUGCUUACGCUGCAACCCCGUAACGAAGACGUCGACGCUUUGGAAGUUUUCAAGACCGCGUAUAAUUAUGGAAGAUCUUUUGGAACCACCGACGAAGACCCCUGUCGGACCGAAUACUCUAUGUGUCCGUUCAGAAUUGCGUUCUUGCAUGAAGUUAUUCAAUAUUUAAUGCGCGUCGGUCAGGUCGACCCCGCGACCGAGAAAGUCAAGUCGUAG